UUUUGUAGUGAAGAUUAUUUUGUAGAUAAAAAUGAAGAAGUAUUAUUUCUUUUUUGGAGAAGGCAGUAAAGUGAAUCAAAUAAUUUGUGCUGUUUCAAUAAACUUUUUGGUGUUUGUGUACGGUACUACCAUUGGCUGGAUGUCCCCGAUGACGUUGCUGCUGCAAUCUGACAAAUCCCCUGUUGGAAGACCUCUUUCGGAUGCUGAGAUUUCAUGGAUGGCUUCUGUAGCCUACUUGACAUGCUUUCCAGCAGAUUUUCUUGUGGCCUAUCUUAGUGAUAAGAUCGGAAGAAAGAAUUCUUUGUUAUUGCUCUCUGUGACAGCUGUGUGUUGCUGGGCCAUCAAACUUUCCUCAUAUGAAAUCUGGGCCUUCGUAUUGGCAAGAGCUCUCUUGGGCAUCGUCAUGGGAGGCGCAUACAUCACUUGCCCGCUUUAUACCAAAGAUAUUUCUGAGGACUCAAUAAGAGGUGCUUUGGGAUCUCUGGUAAGUACAUUUCCGAUAAGAUCAGAUAAGAUCCACGUGAACAAGGCGUUAAUCUAAGCAUACUAAUAUAAU